AGGAAGCUUACUGAAGCAGCGAAAAGUCUUAAUAAACUGAGAUAGGAGAGUACUCUACGGUUACCCUUAAGAGAAGGCUAUAUAUAUAAAAAAAAUGUUGUUCAUACAAGCCCGUUAGAUCUUGGUUAGCUAUAUACAGCGCCUGUUUUCUAUGUCAAACUCGCUCUGUUCUCGGUUGGACUCGAGAUGGACUGGACAGUUUUCAGCCGGGGCCCAUGGUUCAUUUUCACGUUGCUGUGCUGCAUUGACCCUCUACGGAUGGGUUUUUGCCAAGGCAGCACCGUAUCCCUCCCUGAAAGUCUGCUGUUUGUGUCAACCCUGGACGGAAACCUGCAUGCCGUGAGCAAGAGAUCUGGCUCUAUCAAAUGGACGUUGAAAGAAGAUCCUGUUCUACAGGUCCCUACACAUGUGGCAGAACCAGCAUUUCUGCCUGACCCCAAUGAUGGCAGCCUGUACUCUCUGGGGGGGAAGAACAACGAAGGGCUCACGAAACUGCCCUUCACCAUACCGGAGCUGGUUCAGGCAUCACCUUGUCGAAGCUCUGAUGGAAUCCUCUACAUGGGUAAGAAGCAGGACCUGUGGUAUGUGGUGGACCUGCUGACGGGAGAGAAGCAGCAGACGCUGACUUCAUCGUUUGCAGAGAUGCUGUGUCCCUCUUCAUCGCUCCUGUACCUGGGACGCACCGAGUACACCAUCACAAUGUACGACACAAAGAGCAGAGAACUGCGCUGGAACGCCACCUACUCAGACUACGCCUCUACCCUGCCCGACGACGAAACCAAAUACAAGAACGCCCACUUCGUGUCGAACGGGGACGGGCUGGUGGUGACGGUGGACAGUGAGUCGGGCGAUGUGCAGUGGGUCCAGAACUACAACUCCCCCGUAGUGGCCAUGUACAUCUGGCAGCGUGAGGGCCUGCGCAAGGUGGCGCACACCAACGUCGCCGUGGAGACUCUGCGGUACCUGACCUUCAUGUCCGGGGAAGUGGGACGUAUCACGCAGUGGAAGUACCCCUUUCCCAAGGAGAAGAAGCCCAAGAACAAGCUUAUGUCCACUCUCUAUGUGGGCAAAUACUCCACCAGCCUGUAUGCCUCGCCCUCCCUGGUUCAUGAUGGAGUCACAGUUGUGCCCCGUGGCAGCACAUUCCCCAUGCUGGAGGGGCCCAGCAGCCGGGAGGCGAACGAGGAAGAGUGUGUGAUCACGCCCAGCACCAGUGUAAAGUUCAAUGCCGCCCUGCGAGAACGCAACCGCAUCAACUUCAUGAGGAACCACCUGCUGCUCAUAGGUCACCACGAGACACCUCUUGAUGCUCAUAACAAGAUCUUGGAGAAAUUUCCAGACAGCAUCCCUCGACAUCAGGGCAAUGUCAUCCCUCCCACCACCGAAAAAACAUUAGAAGAGAAGGCGAAUGAGAGCGGCCGAGAGGAGGGUCCCCCGGUCCGGCCCCACACCGCCGUCCAAGAGCAGCCCCCCGGUGGGGGCGGAGGAGGAGUGGGGGGGCGAUCGUCAGCCAAGCCUGAGGCCCCUGUGGACACCAUGCUCAAAGACAUGGCCACCAUCAUCUUCUCCACCUUCCUCCUAGCUGGCUGGCUGGCCUUCGUGAUCACCUACCCAAAGAGCGUGCACAAGCAGCAGCAGCUGCAGCACCAGGAGUUCCAGAGGCAGAUGGAGGAGAGGCUGGAGCUGCUCCAGAAGCAGCAGCCCUUCCCCCCACCCUCCGACCUGGGCCUGGCCCCGGACACAGACUACCUGGAAGUGGCCCGCGCCCGCUUCGAAAGCUCCGACCACAGCAGCCCCAAUAUCACGCCCCGGGCCUCCAACCACUCCAACCUGUCUGUGUCCGAGCUGGGCAGCUCCGCCAACGAGCAUGACGAUGGAGAUGAGGACAUCAACACAGUCCGUGUGGGAAAUAUCACGUUCAGCCCCAAAAAUGUGCUGGGGCAUGGUGCAGAGGGAACCAUCGUGUACAAGGGUCAGUUUGAUAACCGUUCGGUGGCGGUGAAGAGGAUCCUGCCGGAGUGCUUCAGCUUCGCUGACCGAGAGGUGCAGCUGCUGCGCGAGUCAGACGAGCACCCCAACGUCAUCCGCUACUUCUGCACCGAGCGAGACCGCCAGUUCCAGUACAUCGCCAUCGAGCUGUGCGCCGCCUCGCUGCAAGAGUAUGUGGAGAGGAAGGACUUUGACCGGCGCGGACUGGAGCCCGUGGUGUUGCUGCACCAGACAAUGUCAGGGCUGGCUCAUCUGCACUCUCUCAACAUAGUCCACCGGGACCUGAAGCCUCACAACAUCCUUGUGUCCAUGCCCAACGCACAUGGCCGCGUGCGGGCCAUGAUCUCAGACUUCGGCCUGUGUAAGAAGCUGGCGGUGGGUCGGCACAGCUUCAGCAGAAGGUCGGGGGUCCCGGGCACGGAGGGCUGGAUCGCACCGGAGGUUCUCAGUGAGGACUGCAAAGACAACCCUACCUGUACUGUGGACAUCUUCUCUGCCGGAUGUGUGUUCUACUACGUGGUGUCCCAAGGCAGUCACCCGUUUGGCAAGUCCCUGCAGAGGCAAGCCAACAUCCUGCUGGGGACCUACAGCUUGGACCAGCUGCAGCCUGACAGACAUGAUGACAUAGUGGCCAGACACCUGAUAGAGCAGAUGCUGAACAUGGAUCCACAGAGGAGGCCCUCAGUUGACAGUGUGCUCAAACACCCCUUCUUCUGGAGCCUGGAGAGGGAGCUGCAGUUCUUCCAGGACGUGAGUGACCGCAUAGAGAAGGAGCCACUGGACGGACCAAUUGUGAGGCAACUAGAGCGAGGGGGGCGGGCCGUGGUGAAAGGGGACUGGAGGGAACACAUCACAGUGCCCCUUCAGACAGAUCUGCGUAAAUUCCGGUCAUACAAAGGCGGGUCAGUUCGAGAUCUUCUCCGAGCCAUGAGGAACAAGAAGCACCAUUACAGAGAGCUGCCUGCAGAGGUCCAGGAGACCUUGGGCUCCAUCCCUGAAGAAUUUGUCUCCUACUUCACCUUCCGUUUCCCCCACCUUCUGCUGCACACCUACCUGGCAAUGCACACCUGCGCCCUCGAGAGGCCCUUCCUGCCCUACUACCCCAGCUCAGAGCAGCUCUCUUGGGCACGGACUCCACACAUACCUCCCGGACCAGGCAUGUCAGUCAACCUUCCCUGCGCUAAAGAAUCUGCGCAAACACACACGUCCCCACCGUCACAGUCAGAAGAGCCUGUGGCUUUAUUCCAGCCUCUACCCACUUCAGCCCCUACACAGCCUCUGAUCGCUACAGCCCCCACACAGCCUCUACCCACUACAGCCCCCACACAGCCUAUAACCGCUAAAGCCCUCACAGAGCCUCUACCCGCUACAGCCCACACUCAGCCUCUACCUACUACAGCCUCCACACAGCCUCUGCCGGCUACAGCCCCCACUCAGCCUCUACUGGCCACUGCCUCCACACAGCCCCUGCCGGUUACAGCCCCCACACAGCCUCUACCCACUACAGCCCCCACACAGCUGGUGCCAAAUACAAUUCCAGUAGAGACAGCAUCGUUCACCUCACCUGAAGACCGACCCAUGCCUACUCUGCCAGCCACGUCCACACCUCCAGAGCCUCAUGCACAGACAGUGUUUCCCUCCUUACCCGCAGAGACCCCUCCUACAUCUGCGCCAUCCCCAGUUCCAGAACAUGUUCCUCCCCAAACACACACGGAGCCAGGGCCUCCUAUGGACCCAGUCACUCUGAAACCAGAGCCUUUGUGAGCCAGGAUGAAAGCUGAUGGAUGCAGUACAGGGUGGAGCUUUGCCUUACUAGUGAACAGGAACUGGGGUUUGAUGUUCUGCUGUACCUGUAUUGGUGAGGAACAGGCCUGCAGUGCCUGGGAUUUGCCACUAGGGUUGCAAGCAGCAGUCAAAACCUUAGUUAUGUGCCUUCUGUAGGACCGGUACACAAGAUGGUGUCCCUCAGCACCCCAGGAUUCUACCUUGAACAAUUCAGGUUGUUAUUUUUUUUAAUUGACCAUUUUGGGUGGACAUAAACUUGGGGUUCAAUU